CUACAUUUACCGCUUGCCCUAAACUUGCCGCCAAGUGAAAAUCAAAAUAGGCCUACAUGGCUACAAGUUUGUACGAGAAAUGAGAAAUGUGAUGGAAGUUUUGUGUUAAACUUAUAUUGAAGAAUAUAUUUGAUCAAGCAUAGCACAAAAUGCCUCGAGAAAUUAUUACAUUACAGCUGGGACAAUGCGGAAAUCAAAUUGGAAUGGAGUUUUGGAAGCAGUUAUGUGCAGAACAUGGAAUAAGUUCAGAGGGAAUACUGGAGGAUUUUGCCACAGAGGGGACUGACAGGAAAGACGUCUUCUUUUAUCAGGCGGAUGAUGAACAUUAUAUUCCUAGAGCAGUAUUGUUGGAUUUGGAGCCUCGUGUCAUCAACACAAUAAUGAAUUCUCCCUACGCUAACCUUUACAACCCAGAGAAUAUCUACCUGUCUAAACAUGGCGGAGGAGCUGGCAACAACUGGGCAUCUGGCUACAGUCAGGCUGAGAAGCUGUAUGAGGAGAUCUUUGACAUCAUUGACAGAGAGGCAGACGGUAGCGACAGUCUGGAGGGCUUUGUUCUGUGUCACUCCAUUGCUGGGGGAACAGGAUCAGGAAUGGGGUCCUAUCUCCUAGAAAGACUCAAUGACAGAUUUCCAAAGAAGUUGGUACAGACGUACUCUGUAUUUCCUAACCUGGAUGAGAUGUCUGAUGUUGUCGUUCAGCCUUACAACUCACUGCUGACACUGAAAAGGCUUACCCAGAAUGCCGAUUGUGUGGUUGUAUUGGACAACACAGCUUUGAACAGAAUAGCAGCAGAUAGACUCCACAUAGAGACACCCAACUUCUCCCAGAUAAACCAACUGGUUUCCACUGUUAUGUCAACGUCCACUACAACACUGCGUUACCCUGGUUACAUGAACAAUGAUCUGAUUGGCCUGAUUGCCUCGCUGAUUCCCACCCCACGACUUCACUAUCUGAUGACAGGAUACACUCCGCUGGCUACAAAUUCACAGGUGGCCAGUGUACGUAAGACCACAGUCCUGGACGUCAUGCGUCGACUGUUACAGCCCAAAAACAUGAUGGUGUCCACUCCAGUCCACCGUCAGGCCAAUCACUGCUACAUCUCCAUCCUCAACAUCAUCCAGGGCGAAGUCGAUCCCACACAGGUGCACAAAAGUUUACAGAGGAUCAGAGAGAGGAAGUUGGCACAGUUUAUUCCCUGGGGUCCUGCAAGUAUUCAGGUUGCGUUGUCACGGAAAUCGCCAUAUAUUCAGACAUCGCACAGAGUCAGUGGUUUAAUGUUGGCCAACCACACCAGUAUAUCAACACUGUUUGAACGCACUCUACACCAGUACGACAAACUCAGAAAAAGAGAAGCAUUCAUGGACCAGUUUAAGAAAGAAUCCAUAUUUAAGGACAACUUGGAUGAAUUUGAUAAUUCAAGGGAGGUAAUUCAGCAGCUGGUGGAUGAAUACCAUGCCGCAACAAAGCCGGACUACCUUUCCUGGGGUACACAGCAGGCUGUUGCUGCUACUGGGGAGAGAAUUUGAAACCACAAAAAACAACGAUGUGGAAUGUGUGGUGACAACGGAAAAGAUUGAGCUAAUAACUGUUGACGUUGGGAAGAUUUAUUCUGGGAACGUGCUCCCCAUUUCUUCUUGUAAACAGAACUGCAAGCAGUAUUUCAAAGUCCAGAAAAUUUACAUCUCUACGAUUAUCUUAAACCAGGCCCUGAUAUACAAUGGAGACUUGUUAAAUAAUAUAGCAGUUUAAUAUUAUAGAAUCAUUAGAUCUUCAAAAGCAAGGAGGGGGGGGGGGGGGGGGGGGGGGGGGGGGAUUGGGACAGAUCAGAACCUAGAUCUAGGUUUUAUGCCAUGUUGGAGAUAUAUAAAAAAAAAAAAAAAACCUCCAAUUACACCAUGUAUAUAUUUGAAAUGAUGAAAACUGAUGUAUUUUUCUAGUAUAUUUACAUGCAGUCUUGUAGAAUUACAUAUUUAAAGGGAAUGUAUAUGCCUGCAUGUAAAACCAGUGUUGUUAAAAUAGGAUGUGAAUAUUAUUAACCUCUAUGUGUUUACUUGAAGUUGAUAUGAAUUUCAUGUUCAUGGUUUUCUUCCAAGUUUAUUGUAUGAAAUCAAAUUAAACAUGCCAAUUCAUUAA